AGAAACCCCGAAAGGCGAAGCCGAUACCAACCAGCAGCCAGAUGUGGCCUGUCGUCAGUCGUGCCUGUCAUACUGAAUUCGUUUUCGCAGCAGCGCGCAGGUGACUUGGCUGUGUCCAGCAAACGCCGGUCGAAUAUAAAAGUGAUCUCUCCAACACGGGGCAAACGGCAAAGAUUCAGACAGAAUGGUAAACGCAAAUAUAUUACACGCCAAAAAGAUGACGACAUAAAAACACAAAAGCAAGUGGAAAACUAUCGGCCGAGAAAAACGAAACGGCGAAACGAACAGUUGCUAUCAGUUACAAAUCCAGUGCGCUGCAAGCAAACCAUCCAAAGUGCGAACCCCGUUUGACCCGAGAAGAACAGAGAGCAGAGUUAAGGAUAAUCGCAAAAUAUCUUGAAAAGUCCUAUCCAAAGUCCUGACGACACGGACAAGUCCGGAAAAUUGACCCCAAAGAAAAAAGACCUCACCGCAAUUCCACUUCCCCAGCACAUACUAGUCCGCAGCAGGGGAAAAACUGCUCAUGUGUGUUAAGUGUGCGUGUGUUUUUGUGUGAGUGUGUGUCUUGGGACGUCGUUUUCCACCAUCAGAGGACAUAGAAAGGCUCGUCAGAGAGUGAGCAAAAGAGAGAGAAAGCUACACCGAGAGCGAUAAAGAGUGGAAUAGGAAAGACUUUUCAUGUACAAUAAGUAGUAUUACAUACAUCAGAGUAAGGCAAGCAACUGUUACGUCUCCAACAUUCGUUCGACAGCCACAGUCAGAACCAGAUUGUACAUCUUGCGCUAAGGCAAACCCCUGUGAAACAACCGACGCAAUCGAAGAAGCUAUCAGCCGUGAUAUCUGGUAAAAAAAAGUGAUUAAACCGAAGAACACAAGCAAGCAAAACCAUUUGCUAGACAUUCCCACAGCUUUCACCCUCGGUAGUGAGGGGUGGUAACAGGCGUCAAACAGGAACGAAUGAAGAGAGAAAUUAGGAUAAUUUAAAUACAACUGCUUCAUAACUAGAACCCUACAGCUAAGCUAGAGACAGUAGUGUGAAUGUGAGCCCGUGAAAUAACUGUUCGUUUAGAGAUAAAGCUGCAGAAAAAAAGCUCGAAGAAAAGUAGUGCCGCGAGCAAAUUGACACAUCUUUGAGGCAUUGCCAGGAUCGAUCAAGAAGGUAGCUUCGUGUUUGUGUCAUCAUCCGUGCUUUCCAAUUCGUGCGUUUGUGUGGUUGUGAUAAGGCCAUAGAAAACUUUCCAGUGUAGACGAGAAAAUUUUGCGCUCUCUCCCGUUUUUCCGAUCGAGAGAGUAAGCUUCACAGAGCGUGAGAGCGAGAGAAGGUUCAGACAAAGAGAGUGAGUUGAUAGUUUGGUGGAAUCACCCCGAAAGGAUUUCCCUUUCGACGCCGGAACGAAAGCGACACGAGGGGUAACGGACGCACGGUGUGGUGGUUCGUGUUUCCACGAUUCUGGAACAAGGCUAGUGGACUCGACUCGGUGUCACUGUGUUAGUCGUGAGCGAUAAAGUGCAUAGACAGGACACGCAGUUACGGGUGUGUUCCUUUUUCGAAAAAAGAGCAAAGAAAUAUCCGACCAUCACUGAUCUACUGCUACUGCUGCCUGGCAAGCAUCUUCAUCAUCAAGAAGUGUCCUGUGUGUGUGUCCUUCUCGAGCGAAGCAAAACAACGGCUGCGCUCCAACCAUUCGCUAUCACUGUUCUCAGUGGACAAAGACUCGCAAGAACACGGUCGGUCGGUGGAGAAAGUAAAGCACACAGCAUUUUCUAGAGCUUACUGCGUAUUUCGCAUACUUUGUCUCGCCCCAUUGCCACGGAGAGUGACUGACCCGUUAUCCUGAAAGUGACCUAUUGCGAGAAGCUGCGCAAAAAGCGUCCACCCUUUCGUGUACCGUGCACAACAAGCAGCUGCCAUCUUUGCUGGUGUAGGACGUUAUUCUAUUUCUGCCAGUGAGCUUUGAGUGAACAAAUCGAACGCCAGGAAGGACGGGCCAGCAUGGAUCAGGACCAGGAUCUGGUGGCACCGAUGGAGGUGAACGGGGCCGAUGAGCAGCAGGGCGGCAGCAUCGACAUCGGGGCAGGGUCCGAUGGGCCACCGAGCAUUAUCGGUGUCGGUCCGCCGAGCCCACUUACCGGGUGCUAUCUGUUGAUUGUCAUCGGUGAGCCACACUCGCAGGACCAUAAGGAUAUCAUUCUCCAACGGCUUAUCAAAGGCUUCCUGUCAUGGGAUGUCGUCGAUUGCCAUGUCGACUUGGAGGACGAGCUGCAUACAAUCACGUUGCAGGCAUUGGAGGGAGAGGAAGGCAAGCAUGGUGAACGAUUGAUUCAGUAUGCCAGCGAAAAUCUGGUUACUGAAAUAUUGAUUCAUCCACAAGUCAACACCUUCAUCCAGUGCAUUCGGAAUCUGCUGAGUAGCUUCACCCGGCACCGCCACAUCAUCCACACCGGAUACACCUUCUCAGGAAACGGGUCGUGGAUAUUACAGGAUGGAACUUUUUCAGUGAUGGAUUUCAUGGAAGCAUUCCAGGAGCACGAGGUGCAACGCGUGCUCCGUGCCUAUCCUGAAACGAUCACGAUGGACAUUCAUUGUGCGCCCGUAGGACAGUGGCACAUGAUUCAGGAAAAGUCCUUCUCACGGCUCUGUCGGCUGCGUUUGAAUCCGGUCGACGUACUGGACUCGGGCAGUGAAAGGUUGAACUCUUUUGUCGCUUAUCUGUCGUCGAUGAUCAUACCGACGGAAAUUUCGGAGCUGCUGGAAAGCUCUGACGUUGUUGGAAACAUCCGUUUCAGCCACCCGACGCUGUACGUCUUCCCAGGAGGCCAGGGAGAUGCAGCACUGUUUGGCAUUAAUGGCUUCAACAUGUUAGUUGAUGGAGGGUUCAGCCGCAAAUCCUGUUUCUGGGACUUUGUGCGCCACCUAGAUCGUCUGGAUGCGGUGCUGAUGACGCGCAUCAACAAUACCAACAUCAAGGGCAUCUCGUCCGUGGUUGAGCGCAAGAGCGAGGCGCACGUCUACCCACAGAUAGGACAUUUCUUUGGCAACAUUCCUGAGCGCAAGGGGCUGCCGAGUCCGGACGGUGAUAAGGAUCGUGACCCGCUGCUGGUAGAUAUACUGCAGGAGGGCCACCAAAUCGUGACGAAUCUGAAAUCGUUAAACUUGAAGGCACAAAACUGCUACCGUGAUGCGGAGCCGAUCAAUCUGUAUCAUAAGGUGGGCCAUGGAACGCUCGAUAUGUACGUUAUCAGUCCGGCCCGAGAUUCGCGCGAGGUGAAGGACUUUCUGGCACGCUGGGCCGCGGCCGACCAGCGGCUGUUUACGAAAGAGGCGAAGGAUGGAAAAGACUUUGCCUUCCCGUUGCAAAAUCUGAUCUCUAUCUGCGCGCUGCUGGUGUGGACGCCAGCCAACCCGGAAGACAAUAUUACACGCAUUCUCUUCCCGGGGUCGGCACCUGAGUACAAGAUUCUCGAGGGAUUGGAGAAGAUGAAGAAUGUCGAGUUUAUGCGACAGCCAGUGUGUCCGGUCAAGUCAAUCACGGCCAACCUCUCAACACCAGUGCUAGUGACGAAGAAGAGCCUGAAGUCGGCCUCGACUGAUCGGAUUAUCGCGGAACCCCUACAUCCGUCCAAGCCCAAGGACAACAAACUGAUUGACAACAAAAUGAGAAUGAUGCAUGCCGAUAACAAGCUGGCCAGCGAUGGGAUGGAUAGCUCUGCGGACGAGAUCAAAAUGGAAAAGCAACUGUCCAAGACAGCGGCCUCGACGACUGUUGCUUCGGCCCGGAUCGAAAGCAAACCCAAAGCUAUUCGUUCUGGCAAACCGAUUACCACAGCCGAGAAGAAACUUGACAACAAGAAGCUGGACCAGCAGGACGAAAAGAAAGAUUCCAUCUCAGACGUGAGCUCGGACAAGGAGGAUGCACUAUCCAUCGACAAAUCAAAACCCGUGGCCGUGGACAGUGAAAAGAGCCUCGAUGAAGCGAUCGACGCGCCCGAAAAGAAGGAGGAGGUCGAUGCUGCCAAACCAGAGCUGGAUGCGAAGGAAAAGAAGAAGGACGAUACAUCCCCAGCUGGAGCUGACACCGGUGGCAUGGCGACAAAACCAACCAGGAAACCUCCUACGUCACGCACCGUUACUUCAUCGACCGCCAGAUCCAGGGUGGACACAGCAAGCAAAGCGUCCAAGCCUUCGGUCGAUAGAAAGCCUGCAGUAAGGAAACAAACAGAAGCAAAUAAAUCCUCACCAACAACACCGAAAAAGACGAGUUCCAUCGAAGCAAAGCUUACCAAUGGCAGUGCCACCAAAGCGGAACAGGGCGAAGAUGUGAAAAAGGCCGUCGGAAAGUCAACUGCAGCCAAAGUGGGCCCAACCUUAGGAUCAAAACCAGGCAAAUCUAGUCCGAAAGCUACUCCAGCAAAAAGUGCGAAGGAUGAAAACAACCGCAAGGUCCUCGAGGCAAGACAGCGUCCAACUAUGGCUGCCAAGCGUGAGGCUCGAAAAGACCAGGAAAAGAAGGAAACUGCUCCAGCAAAGCAAACGGAGCGUAAGCCCAUCUCGCGACGACCGAAGGGCACCGUUUCGACAUCUUCCAGCGCAAUGAACGCUGGUGGUAGUCCUGUCAAGGCCAAGAAGGUGCUCAAGUCGGAAAAGGAUGCAGUCAUCAGGAAGGCCAAGCUGGACAAGAGUGGUACCACCGAUUCGAGUCUCGUGUCAACGCCAAGCGCCGACGAAGGCGGUGUGCCCGUUCCCAAGCGACCGAUUGGAGUUGCUAUUCCAGAUGUCGCUCCUGGAGAUACCGAGACGCUGGAAGCUAUCAAGAAACAGCAGCAACUGGCCGAGCUCAAGGAAGAACAGGAAGCGGUGCGUGAGAUUGAAGCCGUGUUUAACCGCGAUCAGGCUGCACAGAAAGCUCUCAAACACCGAGAGCUUGCACUCACCGAGGAGCAUCGCGAAGUGCAGGACAGUGCCACCGAGCCGGAAGAAGAGGAGGAAUAUCUCAUCAUUGAAAAGGAAGAACAGUACACCGAGGACUCGAUCAAUGAGCCGGAGAGCAGUGCCACCAAAGAGGAAGAAAUUCAGAAACAUCAGCGCGAUUCGCAAGAGUCCGAAAAACGGAAGCGCGACAGUUUGGAAGAAGAGAAAGAGGAAAAGGUGGAUGCGGAUAAGGUUGUUGUUGUUGAGACGGCUGCCGAUGAGGAUGCCGCUGAAAGUGAAAAGCCGGAUGACGAUCAACCGCAUCAGGAAGAGGAGGAAGAUGUCGAAGCCAGUGCCCCGGCCGAGGAGCGACCUGACGACAAGGAAAGGCUUUCGCCCAAGCACAAACAAGAGCUCGAGGAGGAGGUGCAGGAUAUUAUCGCAUCAGCGAAGGAAAUCGCCAAAUCCAAGAUGGAAACCUCGAUGGACGGGCUGAAGACAGAGGAGAUCUCAUCCUUUAGCCCGGAUGAAAAAAUGAGCAGCACGAAAAAGACCAGUGACACUCGGGACGAGGAGCAGGAACUACCGAUCGGCCAUCCAAAAGACCAUAUCGAUCCCCCUCACCACGAGAGCCACCACGAGGAGCGCGUUUCGGCAACCGUCGAGUCUGGUGCGACAACGACUGCUCCAACACUUCCCGAAGACGAACGCAUACCCCUUGACGAGAUCAAGGAAGAUCUCGUGAUCGAAGAAAAGCACGUCAAGGAGGAAACAAAGGAAAUCGAAGUGGCAUCGACGAUACCAGUGGCGUCUGCUGCAGCAAUCCCAAUCGAGCAACCGAUGGGACCGGUAGUGGCAACGGAGGAAGUGCCCACUACGGCAGCUCCAUUGAAAACAGUUUAUGAGCCACUGGAACGACCGAUACCGGCUAAGAUGCAGUUCAGCGCACAGCAGGCCCAUAUGCGCGAUGUGGUGAAAACACCGGAUGAGGUUGCCGAUCUGCCGGUGCAUGAGGAGGCCGAUCUCGAGGAGGAUUACGGCGAGGAUAAGGAUAAGGAUAGUAAAGAAGAUGAGGAUAAGGACCGUGAUACGAAAGAGAAGCCAGAGGAGGAACCGAUCGUCGCAGUCUCUACGACAAUCGUGUCAUCGACACUGGCGGCGAUAGAGACUGAAGUUAAGCAACCUGAGAAGACUGAUCAAGAAAGGCAUGUAGCGGAUAAGUCAGUUGAAAGUGAUAAACCAUGUGAUACGUCAAAGAAACCAACUGAAGUGGAGGAAGUGUUCGAGAAAAUGCAAAGAGAUACCCUACUGGACAAGCCGCCAAAAUCUGACGCACAGGAACUAGAGCAACAGGAUGCUUCAAAACCACUGCUCAUGGACGAUGCCAUUUUGAGGGAUUUGGAGUCACAAAUAAUCCCAGUAGACGAUAAGCUCGAUAGUGCCGUAAAGGUGCAGCAACUGCAUCAGGUUAAACCUGACAGCAAGUUGCCAGCAGAAGCAACCGAUCAAGAUAAGCAUGAAGCGGAUGAAGACGAAACGAACAAGGUCCCAGUGGAGGAAGAGUUGAUCGUCGCACAAAAAGUAGUACCUAAGGUUCCUGAACCACCACAAACCGUAGCGUCGGUGUUGGAUGAAAUCUGGCAAACACCAUCAAAGGUCGAGGAAAAAUUGGACGAGUUGAAACAUCUAAUCGACGACAAAGCGAAGAGCACCGUGUCUGAUCUAGUGGCCAUCAAGGACACUAUGGUGAAAACUGUUGCCGAACGGAAGGAGGAAAUCAUCGAUACCGUUGUAGUAGAGGUCAAGGAUGCGGAUCAAAAAGUAAAAGAGAUCCUUGAAGACGCUGGCAAAGAAGUGGAACAAAUGGUUGUUCAAACUGCACAAGAGGUGGUAAAAGGUAUUACCGAUAAAGCUGACUCCGUGCUUGACGAUCUGCAAGCUAAGACCAAGCUGAUCGACGAUGAACUAACAGCCACCACUUCUAAGAUGGACGCGAAAGUGGAUUCCGUAGUCCAAGAGGUUUCGCAAGCUGCUACAAAGGUAGAUGAAACGCUGGUUAACAUCGCAGCAGAAACGAGCGAACUGGAAAAGCUAGCGAAAGAUCUCAAACAAGAUGUUAUCAGCCAGUUGGAUAGUACCAAACAACAGCUCGAACAAGACCUUACGAAAGAGGUAGAAAAGGUGCAAGACAAAGCGAAAACUGGCAUUAGCUCUUUCUUCGGAAGCAUCACGGAAGGCAUUAAAAGUGGAAUCGAGAAAAUGGCAGACAAAGUGGAACACAAGAUCAAAGAUAAAACCGAGGAAGUUGAAGUCAAAUUGCAACAAGUCACAGAAAAAAUUGACAGUCUCCAAAUGGAGCGCAAUUUAGAAUCGGUCGCAGCAGCACACCAAGAGUCGGAACAACAAGCAUACGAUCGAUUUGGAGGCCCUUACGAGCGAAGCUAUACCCAGGAGUUGCGUGAAACGCAUAUUACGACACUCGAUUCUCCGGUCUCAGAUGGGGAUAAACUAAAUAUGGAAUUGAAAUCCAUGGUUAACAUUCCGCAAGAUAUCGACGAAGACAAGGAGCUCGAAGAGCUGGAGGCUAACAAAAACAUGGGUUCAUUUGUGAUCGAGGACAUCAAGUACAGUGCUUUUGAUGAUGCUAAUCUGCGCGAGAUCAAAGAGGAGGAAGAGGAAGAUCGGGUUUCUCCACCACAAGGAGCCUCGGAGAAGCUUGACCCAGUCAUUGGCAUGAUGCCACCACGCGCGCGUACUCCGGAAGAUGUGGCCAAGAUUGUGGCCAAUGUAGCGGAAGUCUUGAAGUCCGAUAAGGACUUAGAGGAAAUCAUUCCUGGUUUCGAUCCUCAGGAGCUGGAGCGAAAGCUUUCCCAAGGUGCUGCGCGUGAGGAAGAUGUAGGCACAGUACAGCGAAUGCUCGUUACGGCCAGCAGCGAAGAUGGUGGCGAAGAGACGGUCAUUUGUGCCGAUGGGACUAUCACAUUCUCAAAGUCAGCCACGCCAGAACCCAUUCAGGGUUCCGGCACGACUACUCCUGAGAUUAAGGUGCAGGAGGAGAAUGAAGACGAAGAGGAUGACGCCGAGUCGCAUAUGCCCACAAAGGAUGCUACUGACGUGAAGCGAACAGGAGAUGAAAAGGGAAGCCCUGCAUCGUCAGGCAAAUCGUCGCCAGAUCUAAAAACAUCUCCCACAUCAAUCGAAGAGAAGGACAAACACGAAUUACCUGAGAAAGUGGUUCAGGUCGAGGUGGCAAAACCAAAGAUGCCUGAAGAAACUAUUGACAUGGUGAGCGAUAUCCGUAAGGAAUCGUUAGCCGAUCAUCAAACAUACGAUCAAAUCGAUGAUACUAGACGUGAGUCCGCCAUUAGUACAUUCAGUGAGCGAGAUUAUACCAAGGAUGAAAGCUCUUUCGUCGAUGAACGUGAUUCGUCUCGGGCGCAUUCGAUAUCAAGUCACAUCAGUGAUCUAAAAGAAGACCCAACCGAUCUAAAAUCAGUGGCAGACUUUUUAAAGGAAUCUGAAAAAGAUCACGAUCAAGUAUUUGUUGAAACAGACGGCAAAAUGAAGGAGCUUUCUAGUCCUGAAUCCAUUACAAGUCAAAAAACGGUAUCAGAGAAGGAUCAGAUUGUUGUAGGCGGAACUGCUGCCUCAUCAAUUGAGCCAGCUGCUGCAUCCGAUAUGACUAUUGAUGCUAAAGCACAGGUCGAAACGGGUGAGUUUUCUCGUCCAGAAUCUCCAGCAAGUGUGGGAGACACUUGCCUUCCAGAAUCGACAGUGCCACAUAGCACAACCAGAGAUGUUCACGAACAACCCAUUCAAAUGCGACAACAGUUGAAAGAAUCUGCAUCAUUGGAUCUCGCAGAAGAACUGCAGGAAGAAACAAGCUUUUCUCGUCCUGCAUCACCAGCUAGCGCAGAAGAUAUAUCUCGACCUGCUUCUGCUGCAAGUGGACCUGCUGACAAGGCUCCGUCUGAGAAGUCCGUCGAUUUGAAGGCUGAGACCAAGGAGGAGUCCCGACCUGCUUCUGCUGCAAGUGGACCUGCUGACAAGGCUCCGUCUGAUAAGUCCGAUGAGCUGAAGGCUGAUGCCAAGGAGGAGUCUCGUCCUGCUUCUGCUGCAAGUGGACCAGCUGACAAGGCUCCGUCUGAGAAGUCCGUCGAUCUCAAGGCUGAGACCAAGGAGGAGUCCCGUCCUGCUUCUGCUGCAAGUGGACCAGCUGACAAAGCUCCGUCUGAGAAGUCCGUCGAUCUCAAGGCUGAGACCAAGGAGGAGUCUCGACCUGCUUCUGCUGCAAGUGGACCAGCUGACAAGGCUCCAUCUGAUAAGUCCGAUGAGCUGAAGGCUGAUGCCAAGGAGGAGUCCCGACCUGCUUCUGCUGCAAGUGGACCAGCUGACAAGGCUCUGUCUGAGAAGUCUGUCGAUCUCAAGGCUGAUGACAAGGAGGAGUCCCGUCCUGCUUCUGCUGCAAGUGGACCAGCUGACAAGGCUCCGUCUGAGAAAUCUGUCGGGCUGAAAGCUGAUGACAAGGAGGAGUCCCGUCCUGCUUCUGCUGCAAGUGGACCAGCUGACAAGGCUCUGUCUGAGAAGUCCGUCGAUCUCAAGGCUGAGACCAAUGAGGAGUCCCGUCCUGCUUCUGCUGCAAGUGGACCAGCUGACAAGGCUCCGUCUGAGAAGUCCGUCGAUCUCAAGGCUGAGACCAAGGAGGAGUCUCGACCUGCUUCUGCUGCAAGUGGACCAGCUGACAAGGCUCCGUCUGAGAAGUCCGUCGAUCUCAAGGCUGAUGCCAAGGAAGAGUCCCGUCCUGCUUCUGCUGCAAGUGGACCAGCUGACAAGGCUCCGUCUGAGAAGUCCGUCGAUCUCAAGGCUGAUGCCAAGGAGGAGUCCCGACCUGCUUCUGCUGCAAGUGGACCAGCUGACAAGGCUCCGUCUGAGAAGUCCGUCGAUCUCAAGGCUGAGACCAAGGAGGAGUCCCGACCUGCUUCUGCUGCAAGUGGACCAACUGACAAGGCUCCGUCUGAGAAGUCCGAUGAGCUGAAGGCUGAUGACAAGGAGGAGUCCCGACCUGCUUCUGCUGCAAGUGGACCAGCUGACAAGGCUCCGUCUGAGAAGUCCGAUGAGCUGAAGGCUGAUGUCAAGGAGGAGUCCCGACCUGCUUCUGCUGCAAGUGGACCAGCUGACAAGGCUCCGUCUGAGAAGUCCGUCGAUCUCAAGGCUGAUACCAAGGAGGAGUCCCGUCCUGCUUCUUCUGCGAGUGGACCAGCUGACAAGGCUCCGUCUGAGAAGUCCGUCGAUCUCAAGGCUGAGACCAAGGAGGAGUCCCGACCAGCUUCUGCUGCAAGUGGACCAGCUGACAAGGCUCCGUCUGAGAAGUCCGUCGAUCUCAAGGCUGAUGACAAGGAGGAGUCCCGACCUGCUUCUGCUGCAAGUGGACCAGCUGACAAGGCUCCAUCUGCUAAGUCCGAUGAGCUGAAGGCUGAUGCCAAGGAGGAGUCUCGUCCUGCUUCUGCUGCAAGUGGACCAGCUGACAAGGCUCCGUCUGAGAAGUCCGUCGAUCUCAAGGCUGAGACCAAGGAGGAGUCCCGACCUGCUUCUGCUGCAAGUGGACCAGCUGACAAGGCUCCGUCUGAGAAGUCCGUCGAUCUCAAGGCUGAUGCCAAGGAGGAGUCCCGACCAGCUUCUGCUGCAAGUGGACCAGCUGACAAGGCUCCGUCUGAGAAGUCCGUCGAUCUCAAGGCUGAUGACAAGGAGGAGUCCCGACCUGCUUCUGCUGCAAGUGGACCAGCUGACAAGGCUCCAUCUGCUAAGUCCGAUGAGCUGAAGGCUGAUGCCAAGGAGGAGUCCCGAUCUGCUUCUGCUGCAAGUGGACCAGCUGACAAGGCUCCAUCUGCUAAGUCCGAUGAGCUGAAGGCUGAUGCCAAGGAGGAGUCCCGACCUGCUUCUGCUGCAAGUGGACCAGCUGACAAGGCUCCGUCUGAGAAGUCCAUCGAUCUCAAGGCUGAGACUAGGGAGGAGUCCAGACCUGCUUCUGCUGCAAGUGGACCAGCUGACAAGGCUCCGUCUGAGAAGUCCGUCGAUCUCAAGGCUGAUGCCAAGGAGGAGUCCCGUCCUGCUUCUGCUGCAAGUGGACCAGCUGACAAGGCUCCGUCUGAGAAGUCCAUCGAUCUCAAGGCUGAUGACAAGGAGGAGUCCCGACCUGCUUCUGCUGCAAGUGGACCUGCUGACAAGGCUCCGUCUGAGAAGUCCGUCGAUCUCAAGGCUGAUGACAAGGAGGAGUCCCGACCUGCUUCUGCUGCAAGUGGACCAGCUGACAAGGCUCCAUCUGAUAAGUCCGAUGAGCUGAAGGCUGAUGCCAAGGAGGAGUCCCGACCAGCUUCUGCUGCAAGUGGACCAGCUGACAAGGCUCCGUCAGAGAAGUCCAUCGAUCUCAAGGCUGAGACCAAGGAGGAGUCCCGUCCUGCUUCUGCUGCAAGUGGACCAGCUGACAAGGCUCCGUCUGAGAAGUCCGUCGAUCUCAAGGCUGAUGCCAAGGAGGAGUCCCGACCUGCUUCUGCUGCAAGUGGACCAGCUGACAAGGCUCCGUCUGAGAAGUCCGUCGAUCUCAAGGCUGAUAACAAGGAGGAGUCCCGACCUGCUUCUGCUGCAAGUGGACCAGCUGACAAGGCUCUGUCUGAGAAGUCCGUCGAUCUCAAGACUGAUGCCAAGGAGGAGUCCCGUCCUGCUUCUGCUGCAAGUGGACCAGCAGACAAGGCUCCGUCUGAGAAGUCCGUCGAUCUCAAGGCUGAGACCAAGGAGGAGUCCCGUCCUGCUUCUGCUGCAAGUGGACCAGCUGACAAGGCUCCGUCUGAGAAGUCCGUCGAUCUCAAGGCUGAGACCAAGGAGGAGUCCCGACCUGCUUCUGCUGCAAGUGGAUCAGCUGACAAGGCUCCGUCUGAGAAGUCCGAUGAGCUGAAGGCUGAUGCCAAGGAGGAGUCCCGUCCUGCUUCUGCUGCAAGUGGACCAGCUGACAAGGCUCCGUCUGAGAAGUCCAUCGAUCUCAAGGCUGAUGCCAAGGAGGAGUCCCGACCUGCUUCUGCUGCAAGUGGACCAGCUGAUAAGGCUCUGUCUGAGAAGUCCGUCGAUCUCAAGGCUGAUGACAAGGAGGAGUCCCGACCUGCUUCUGCUGCAAGUGGACCAGCUGACAAGGCUCCGUCUGAGAAGUCCGUCGAUCUCAAGGCUGAUGCCAAGGAGGAGUCCCGUCCUGCUUCUGCUGCAAGUGGACCAGCUGACAAGGCUGCGUCUGAGAAGUCCGUCGAUCUCAAGGCUGAGACCAAGGAGGAGUCCCGACCUGCUUCUGCUGCAAGUGGACCUGCUGACAAGGCUCCGUCUGAGAAGUCCGUCGAUCUCAAGGCUGAUGACAAGGAGGAGUUCCAACCUGCUUCUGCUACAAGUGGACCAGCUGACAAGGCUCCGUCUGAGAAGUCCGAUGAGCUCAAGGCUGAGACCAAGGAGGAGUCCCGACCUGCUUCUGCUGCAAGUGGACUAGCUGACAAGGCUCCGUCUGAGAAGUCCGUCGAUCUCAAGGCUGAUGACAAGGAGGAGUCCCGUCCUGCGUCUGCUGCAAGUGGACCAGCUGACAAGGCUCCGUCUGAGAUGUCCGUUGAUUUCAAGGCUGAGACCAAGGAGGAGUCCCGUCCUGCUUCUGCUGCAAGUGGACCUGCUGACAAGGCUCCGUCUGAUAAGUCCGAUGAGCUGAAGGCUGAUGCCAAGGAGGAGUCUCGUCCUGCUUCUGCUGCAAGUGGACCAGCUGACAAGGCUCCGUCUGAGAAGUCCGUCGAUCUCAAGGCUGAUGCCAAGGAGGAGUCCCGACCUGCUUCUGCUGCAAGUGGACCAGCUGACAAGGCUCCAUCUGAUAAGUCUGAUGAGCUGAAGGCUGAUGCCAAGGAGGAUUCUCGACCUGCUUCUGCUGCAAGUGGACCAGCUGACAAGGCUCUGUCUGAUAAGUCCGUCGAUCUCAAGGCUGAGACCAAGGAGGAGUCUCGACCUGCUUCUGCUGCAAGUGGACCAGCUGACAAGGCUCCAUCUGACAAGUCCGAUGAGCUGAAGGCUGAUGCCAAGGAGGAGUCUCGUCCUGCUUCUGUUGCAAGUGGACUAGUUGACAAGGCUCCGUCUGAGAAGUCCGUCGAUCUCAAGGCUGAGACCAAGGAGGAGUCCCAACCUGCUUCUGCUGCAAGUGGACCAGCUGACAAGGCUCCGUCUGAGAAGUCCAUCGAGCUGAAGGCUGAUGACAAGGAAGAGUCUCGACCUGCUUCUGCUGCAAGUGGACCAGCUGAUAAGGCUCUGUCUGAGAAGUCCAAUGAGCUGAAGGCUGAUGACAAGGAGGAGUCCCGACCUGCUUCUGCUGCAAGUGGACCAGCUGACAAGGCUCCGUCUGAGAAGUCCAUCGAUCUCAAGGCUGAGACCAAGGAGGAGUCCCGUCCUGCUUCUGCUGCAAGUGGACCAGCUGACAAGGCUCCGUCUGAGAAGUCCGUCGAGCUGAAGGCUGAUGACAAGGAAGAGUCCCGUCCUGCUUCUGCUGCAAGUGGACCAGCUGAUAAGGCUCUGUCUGAGAAGUCCAAUGAGCUGAAGGCUGAUGACAAGGAGGAGUCCCGACCUGCUUCUGCUGCAAGUGGACCAGCUGACAAGGCUCCGUCUGAGAAGUCCAUCGAUCUCAAGGCUGAGACCAAGGAGGAGUCCCGACCUGCUUCUGCUGCAAGUGGACCAGCUGACAAGGCUCCGUCUGAGAAGUCCGUCGAUCUCAAGGCUGAGACCAAGGAGGAGUCCCGACCAGCUUCUGCUGCAAGUGGACCAGCUGACAAGGCUCCGUCUGAGAAGUCCGUCGAUCUCAAGGCUGAUGACAAGGAGGAGUCCCGACCUGCUUCUGCUGUAAGUGGACCAGCUGACAAGGCUCCGUCUGAGAAGUCCAUCGAUCUCAAGGCUGAGACCAAGGAGGAGUCCCGACCUGCUUCUGCUGCAAGUGGACCAGCUGACAAGGCUUCGUCUGAGAAGUCCGUCGAUCUCAAGGCUGAUGACAAGGAGGAGUCCCGACCAGCUUCUGCUGCAAGUGGACCAGCUGACAAGGCUCCGUCAGAGAAGUCCAUCGAUCUCAAGGCUGAGACCAAGGAGGAGUCCCGACCUGCUUCUGCUGCAAGUGGACCAGCUGACAAGGCUCCGUCUGAGAAGUCCGUCGAUCUCAAGGCUGAUGACAAGGAGGAGUCCCGACCUGCUUCUGCUGCAAGUGGACCAGCUGACAAGGCUCGGUCUGAGAAGUCCGUUGAGCUGAAAGCUGAUGACAAGGAGGAGUCCCGUCCUGCUUCUGCUGCAAGUGGACCAGCUGACAAAGCUCCGUCUGAAAAGUCCGUCGAUCUCAAGGCAGAUGCCAAACAAGAGUCCCGACCUGCUUAUAGUGCAAGUGUAACUAGUGACAAAGCACCAUCAGACAAAUCGGUUGAUCAUAAAACCGAUGUGGAAACAUCCUGUGCAUCCUCAUUUAUGAAAUUUGAGGAGUCUUUAUCGCGCCGAGAAUCAUCCACUACCACCAAAGACGAACGCCCUGCUUCAGCAAUGAGCGAUGGUGAAGAAGAUGACUUCGAGACAAAAGUGGUUAUGAAGGAAACCCGAUCCAAAUCUAUGUCAGCCGUGGCCACAUCUUCUGUACAACGUCCCGGAUUUGAAGGUAGCACAUUGGGAGUACUAGAAGAAUCGGUCAUAUCUUCCCGUGACGAUCUUGAUACAUUGCGCAGCCCUCGUGAUAGUGUAACAAAAAUAGAUCCCACGUUCGUCCCACACCAAUCGGAGCGAACCAUGGUAAAGUCUUUUAAGCCAUUGUUUAGUGACAAUCCACAGUUCCCGGGAGAGAAGGAUGAUAUACACAAGCCAGAUGCAACGAGUACGUUCCCAAAAUGCGGCCUGGACAGUACCGAAAGCCCUGAGCAUGGCGCAUCUAUUGCAAAAGGCAUGGAUCAGCUACUAAAAGAUACAGUCACCUCCAUGAAAGAAAUUGAAAAGAUGACUUCCACUGUCAUUUCCUCCACGGUCUCUAAAAAGGAGGAAUCAACAACAGAAGGCAAGACCUCUGGAACAUCCACCAUGAGCGCAUUCCCGAUGUCUCUCGAUAGUGGUAAAUCGUCUCCUUAUCUUGCUGACAAAUCGCAGGAGUCCAGUGCAAAAUCGGUCAGUCCGCAACAGGACAAAGACUCGCUUGACGAGAGCUCCACAUCGUUCAACACAUUCAUUGAGAAGGAUAGCUUAUCGGAAAAGACCCAACAGCAGCAACACAUUUCUAUUCGCAUGAAUACAACUGGCGAAGCAAUAACAACUGAAACUACCGCAACCACAACUGAGAGGAUUGCAGACGAAUUGCUCUUUGCUGGUAAUAAAACACCACCAACUGCUCCAAUUAGUCCGAACGUUGCAGCAAAAGAUGGUAUGAGUAUAACCCAAACUCAUUGCGAGUCUUCAACUCUGUCUAGCUCGACGUCUGUUGCAUCAGCGACAAUGACACUGGCGAGUACUGCUAUGACGACUGCGCCGACUGGUCCGACAGCGCCAAAGGACGAUGCAUCUGGUAUUUCAACACCUAAAGAGUCUGUACCAUCUGGCAAGUCGAGCCCGGGGCUGAUGUCCGUGCACACGCAGGGUAGUACGGACAGUGCUUCCAAAUCGAUCAACUUGGGCCACAGCAGUUCAGGUAUUGAGACAUCAGAUUCAUCGCCAAAGCCAACAUCGCCCUUCCCGAAGGUGGUCGUCGACACGCUAAAACUUGCGGACGAGGCAAAGACCACCUCCGGCAUGAGCACACCGGACAUGACGCGUUCCUCAACGCCAGACAUGGUCGACUCACAGAUCGAGCGCAUUGCCACUACGACAGCGAGCGGGGAGAAGAGCGACUCUCAAACUACUGUUACGACUACGACGACGACGACAAAGACCACGACGUACAUCAUUAAGGAUGGACAAAAGAUUGAGGUCGACAGCAACGUGCAUAGUGACACAGUUAGCAAAACGGAAACACAGCAACCCGAUGCUUCUGCCGUCCCCUCCGGUGGAGUAUCGUCCACCACCACAACAACUUACAUUGUGAAAGAAGAUGGACAAAAGAUCGAAGUGGACAGCAGCCAACACGCCGAUCAGAUGUCGCAAUCGAUCGUUUCCAUCAAAGCGUCGGCUCCUACCCAGCUAACGCUGGCCGGUACCGAGGAGCGCAGUUUCGCCGAGGACUACGAUGAAAAGGAUGUGCUAUCACCGCGAUCCGACAUUUCCUCUGGACAGGCAUCCCGCAUUGUGGCCGGAUGGCACGACGAGGAUGUACCUGGCUCGCCGAUGAGCGUCACUUCGCAAGCUCCACUGUCUCCCAGCACUAAAUACACCUACGACUACGACCUGCAGCAUUCGAGCUCGGGUGUGAGCAAAAAAUCUGACAUUGAAAUUGACCAGGACAGCCAGGAAGACGUCGUUCCGCCGCAGUACGGCAGCGAGGAAGCGAAAUCGGCCAUUCCCAUCACUUCCAGCUACAAAGCAGACCCAAUGAGCACCUCGUUUUACGGCCAGCUGCCAGAAGUUCCGUCAAUGACCAUGGCCUCAAGCACCACUCGUUCGAUCCCGAUUCCGAUUACCGGUACCGCUAAAGGCUUUUCCAAACCGUACGUAGAGUAUGCGUCCAGUGGCGACAGCAGUGUCGAUUCCAGCCACAAGCCAUCGAUGACGGGUGACCGCAAGUAUCUGGACGAGGCAGAUCUUGACUUUGAAAAAGCAUUCAGCAGCGCCAGCAGCACCAAGAUGGACGAUCUGAUGACGACGUCAAUGCACUUUUCGAGCGAGAAAGAGUUUAUGGCCGCUACAUCCACUAUCGCUGCCAGUAUGGCCCAGGCGCAAAAGAUGGAAAUGGAUUUCACUUCAACCGGACUUCCGUCGUCGGUGACGACCACUGUCACGGGAGCACAGCCGAGUGCAGCUGUCGCCACUCCGUCUCAGCUCCCGCCAGCACAACCACAAGCGCAAUCACAAUCAACUCAACCACAAUCAACUACCCAGCCGGCCGGACACUCCACAAGUACGGCUGCGGCCGAAGCGAAGAGCGUGCUCGAUUCAUGGGGCAAACCACUGGGACUUCCAUCGCCAGCGCCCAUGACAGCCGAUGAUAACAAGACGACGCCGAAGAAGGAACGCCGCAUGCUGAUGAGCAAAACGAAGCUGAACAACGAGAAGAACCUCCGCAAGCGAGCCGAAUCUCCUACCAAAGCAUCUGCGAAAAAGUGUACCACUCCCGUCUACGUUGACCUGUCAUACGUGCCACAUCACGGCAACUCGUACUACGCGAACGUCGAGUUCUUCAAGCGAGUGCGUGCCCGAUACUACGUUUUCUCCGGUACGGAACCGAGCCGGGAGGUGUACAAUGCCCUGCUGGAGGCCAAACAAACCUGGGAAGAUAAAGAAUUAGAGGUAACUAUCAUUCCAACGUACGACACCGAUGUGCUUGGCUACUGGGUUUCGGAGAACGAGGAACUGCUCGCCAAGUAUCACAUCGAUCUGUCUCCAAGCGCCGCACGGUGUACAAUCAAUCUGCAGGAUCACGAGACGUCCUGUUCAGCCUAUCGGCUCGAGUUCUAGGCACCGGGGCGGAUCAUAGCAUUCACCGGCCAGACCAUGGACGAUGUGGAUGUGGACACCCAGCAAUAGCAGUAGGAGAUCUCAUCAGUACCAAGUUAUGCGCUGGCUUUCCCUUCCGUACCAUCUUUUAGGCGGAGGAGAUGAAGAAAGCUGGCCAACGUGAGUAGACACACUUUAGUUCGGUUCUUUGUACCGCAAAGACCUGCCGAUUGAUCGAUUGCACUCGUUCAAUUGUUAGUUGUACGUAUCUAGUCCUAGCGAGCGCAUCCUGGAAAUGCAGCUAUGUUAAGUUACAAUUAGACAUUUUCCUCCAACGGAAAGGUAUAGAACGAAAAGGAAUGGAAACAAGACUCAGCGUCAGCUAAAGCAAGAGGUUUUUAGAUAGAACACGACCGAGCGAACUCAAACGGUGGAAAGGAAUAGCAGGGAUACAAGAUAAUUUAAACGAAGAGCUUACUUUGUAGAGCAGACCCUUUAUCCCGCACACGCAUUUGUUCUUGAGCUUCCGGCUAGAAGACGCCUAGUUUAGGGAUGAUACAAAUAGAACGCAAGAAGUGUCCGUAAUGAGACAAACGAUAGUCUACCUGAAUUUUUUGAAUCUCCCUUUUGAAUCCUACAGACACUGCUUCUUUCUCUCUCAUCCAACGUUCCGACGGCGAGAGGCAAACACUUUUUCUUCCGCCAUAGCUUAGGCCGCUGUACCAAUCGCCGUGCACCGGUACAACAUUGCAAGGGGUUUUGCACCCUGUAGUUAGUUGUGAUAAAGUUUACUUGUUGAUUGAGCAGCAUUACUCCACAAGCUAGGUUGCAAUGUCAUAUACCAGAGAACAGAACGGCUUCUGGCCGUGUAGGUUACACCUUCGUUGCACAGUCGUACCCGUUGGCAACUCGUCUGAAUACGUGCACAGCCGGGCACACACAGCAAAGGGUGGCAGCAUUGGGGAGAUACAAACGCACAACAUCCGUCUAAAGUCUACACCCAUACCGAUGAUAAUCGUAUGUCGCAACCAAAUCGAUCGUCGUUCGCUAGAUCUGCAUCAGACAAAUGCAACUGUUAACGUACGUACAACAUGCAGCACCGUCAGGCAAUCGUUACAUUGCACCAAUUACUAAUUCCAAGAAGAGGUAUGGCCGAGUUCGUGCCAUACCGGACGAUACAUAACGGGUCGGUUCAUCAGGGAGCAUAAACAGGAGCGAGGAUGAGUUUUUGGCAUGGCCAUUCCUGGGAUUGCUGUUCUUUUUUAGGAUUGCAAGGUAGUCAAACAAGCAAAGCAUAUACGCAAUGCCAUUUUGGAAGAUGGUCGAAACAUACGGGAGUUGGUUGAGAAGGGAUUUUUUGCUUUUCGGAGACUGUGGUUACAAUACAAAACUUUUAUACACCAGCUUACAAAAUCAUCAUCACCUCCAGUGCAACACAGACGGCUUGCCGUCUUGAUCGCCUAAAGUACCCAGCAAUGGAAUCCACCCAGUAACAGAGGAUAGGUAAACCGUGUUUAGGUAGGUAGAUAACGUAUCUUACGCAUCUUAUGAGAAUCGAAGCGAAGACGAUCGCUCACUGUAAGACGUCCACUACAGACUGGAGAACCACUUCACACGUCUCCCUUUCAGCGAACAAAAAAAACCACAUUGACACACGUCAGCCACAAUGCGUAGAGAAAGCCCAAGUGUGCCCAAGCGGCGUUUGCCAUAUUUCGGGGGAGUUGCCAACGCUGCGAACUGCAGCGGAAAGGUGUAAAAACAACCUAAGGACGACAAAUAUCCCCAAAAAUAUCAAAGUUGCGCGCACCACGUAUAACCGAUGAGCUUUGAUGCGGACAGGAGAGUCUAUUUACUUAAAUCACUAAUGUUGUUGAUCGUACACGUCAAACUUUCGUGGCACAAAGAUAAACUAAACAUUCCUUAUGCUAUAGCGACUCAGUGUGCGCGGUGUGAUCCUUCAAGCACGCGUGCGUUUGUUUGUAUGGGUCUGUGGGCCAGUGGAUGAUCCAGAGAGAGACAUGAUAGUUAUAUUUUUCUAUAUCACCUCUCUCUCGCUCUCCCUCUCUAACACACAAAAACGUGCGUUAUAUGAAAAGCACGAGCAGCACUGGCCCACAUGGAAUGGACAACAGACCGAAUGGAUGAAUUACUACUUAAAGGCAACACACACUUUUCCAUAAUGCAAUUUCGUCAUCUAAAUAAAUGAACAUCAUUUAUCACCACAGCUGAACUAUAUGAGCGAUUGAUUAUAGCAAACAAGAGGAUAAACAAAACUCUAUUUAUCUAAAUAUAGUCUGAACAAAAGACGAUUUAAGAGAGAAAGAGAGAGAGAUGAAAAACAACAAACCAAGAUGUACCAUGUUACUACAUUUAAUCUUCCUUAGAGCAAAGUGAAUAUUACCAAAUCAAGCAGAAAAAGGGGCGCCAAAUAUGCCACAAGAAUGUUGUUGUUGAAUGAAUGCCUAUAGUACAUUUCAGGGCGGUGGGUGGGUGGUGUGAGAGUUGAAUAGAUCAUAAAUCAAAUUUUCCUAUACUUCAUCGAGAUGCACGCUCACAAAGCGCGAUACUACAUCCCCAAAUUGUUCAUGGAACGUGUUAUCCCUCUGAAAGAAACUUUCAGCUAUAGUUAAAAACAAAGGCAAACACAAACCAAUAGGAAACAUAGGCAGGCCACGCAUUUAAUGCAUCAAAGAAAAUCGGAGCCUACACAUACAGGAGAUAAAGGGGGGGGGGGAAACGUAUUUAACACACUUCACACACGAGUUGAUAAUGAUGAUAAUGAUAGCGAUAUAAGCCCAUGAGACAGUUCAAAUGAAGCAACUUGCGAACAACAAAACAUUUAAACAACACAACGUGCAGCAGCGGCACGAAACCGCAAGGCUACGUGCGGGGCGAAAGGGAACGAAAGAAACCGAAACACAAGACGAAUGUUCAACUAAUAAAUGUAUUAUUUGUUAGCACGAGAGAAAUGCGCUCCAGCAGCAGCAUUAGCCGAUCGAUUUGUGUUACAAGCGGCGGUGUUAAUUAAUGAAUAAAAUACACUAUAUAACGA